CUGCCCAACAGCGGCCGCUGUUGGUUUGGGACAACAUUUGUUGUUGGGGUUUGUACCCAUUCUUUCCUUUCGGGCGUCCAGAUGCGUGGCGGAGGGGUCUCCCCGAAGCCCGCGGCGGUCGCCGCCGAAGGGUGUGCCCAGGAGACCGCGCCGCUGGUGGCCUCCAGCCAGAGUCACACCUCCUUCUCUUCCGAGGCGCUUGUCUGCCCCUCAUGCCGCGUGAGCGCCAGCGCUGCGGCGGGCUCUACGGUUGGACCUGCGACAAGGUCGCUGCCUUCUGACGCGCCCGGGUUGCGCCGGUCGGCAUCGUCUCCCGCGGCAUCGUCUGGGUCAAGAGCGGCUAUACGGGGAGCAGCGCGAGAGGGAGAUCCCGCAGGGCGCCCACCGGUGGAUGCGGCGCAACGGCUUGGCGAACCCUGAGGCCCGCGCGCUGUGGAUGUCUCCCGCAGAGUGGGCCGGGGCGGCCUGGCCCCACCAUGGAAGUUGGUCUGUCUGCGAGCGCUGCGGCCUGCGCACCCCGCAGAAGCUGACGCAGAGGAGCUUGGGCUGGCCCGACCUCGCGCUGGCGUCGCGUCCCUGCAAGCGCUGCCACGGGCCCUGCCCCGUCCCGACGUUGGCCGAGAUCUCGGAGCUGCUGCGGGGCCUCUCCGAGGAAAGCGCCCUGCUGCUGCGGCCCCUGGACCGCUGGCAGGGGAAGCCGGCCACCAGCAGAAAGUGCAGGCCUCGAGGCUGUCUUGGGCCAGAGCCACCGAGGAGAAACUCCGGAGUCUGCCCCGCGACGCGCCGGCCCGGCGCGCGUGCGAGUUCGCGAUCAGCGACGAGUGUACCAGCCCUUGCAAGCGCAUCUUGUCCGAGCUGGCCGCGGCCUUGGGCGAGCUGGGGGCGGGGGGCCGAGAGCGGACGCCGGGGGGCCUGAGCCUGCCGAUGCGGACCCUGGCGCGGACCUUCCUGGACGAGCGCUGGUUUUUGUAGGAUGGGAGGUCCUUGAAAAGCUCAGAAAGAGCGUCCAGCAGGGUGGGGGUGUCAAACGCGGCGG